GUUCCGCUAGCUUUGAAGCUAAGAUCCUUGACCACCAGAGAGCGUGUUUUACAAUCUAGAACUCUUCUGCACGUGCGAACGUUGUCGGCAUCUUGUGAACCUUUUGCAUAGAGUUAGUAGAGCAAGCUUCAAGUUGAAUAAUCGUAAGCACAAUGGCGUCCCAAUUUUUCAACCGAAUCAGCCAGCUUGGUAUUGGAGUUGCAUUAACUGCCGGAGUUGUCAAUUCUGCGUUAUAUAAUGUUGAGGGAGGUCACAGAGCUGUUAUCUUUGAUCGAUUCUCUGGUGUCAGAAAUGAAGUUGUAGGAGAGGGAACACAUUUUUUUGUUCCUUGGGUACAGAGGCCUAUUAUGUAUGAUAUCAGGUCUAGGCCAAGAAAUGUACCAGUUAUUACUGGCAGCAAAGAUCUUCAGAAUGUAAACAUAACCUUGCGUGUACUCUUCAGACCUGUUCCAACAGCUCUCCCCAAUAUAUACAGCACUUUGGGAAUUGAUUAUGAUGAGCGUGUACUUCCCUCCAUCACCAAUGAAAUUCUGAAAGCUGUUGUUGCCCAAUUUGAUGCUGGAGAACUCAUUACUCAGCGUGAGGUAGUGUCACAGAAAGUUAGCGAAGCACUUACAGAGAGAGCCGGACAGUUUGGUUUAAUUUUGGAUGACAUUUCUAUUACACAUCUUACAUUCGGUAAAGAAUUUACUCAAGCUGUUGAAUUGAAACAAGUAGCACAACAAGAGGCUGAACGAGCUAGAUUCCUCGUCGAAAAGGCUGAACAACAAAAGAAAGCCGCCGUUAUUUCGGCUGAAGGUGAUUCUCAAGCCGCUUCGCUCCUGGCCAAGGCGUUUGGCGAUGCCGGUGAGGGUUUAGUCGAACUUCGGCGAAUAGAGGCUGGGGAAGACAUUGCGUACCAAUUGUCCAAAUCCCGUAACGUUGUUUAUCUGCCAAAUGGUCAGCAGACGCUCCUAUCGCUUCCGCAGUAAUGAGUUUAGAAAGUUCUUUUUGUAUCGUAUGGGACGAAGAAUUUCGGUAUGAGGUCAGUUAAUGUUGAAUAGCAAAUUUUUCUGA